AAACCAAUAUUGUGCAUAGAGAAUCAGCGACCAUGCACCCCGAAGCAGUAUAUAUUAGUAGAUCAAUAAACUAUAAUACUAACAGUAUAGAAAAUAUGCAUGAAUGUUUGGAGUUCAAUAUUGCUGAAGCAGUUUACGGCAGCACCUUUAAUAUCGAAAGUUUUGAAA